AUGCGAGAAUUCAAAGAGGCAUUCUCACUGUUCGAUAAGGACGGAGAUGGUACAAUAACAACGAAAGAAUUGGGUACCGUGAUGCGUUCACUUGGUCAGAAUCCGACAGAGGCUGAAUUACAGGAUAUGAUCAACGAAGUGGAUGCCGAUGGUACCUUUCACUACUAUUCGAUAUCUCAUCAUAACUUCUGA